AUGGGUUCUUCAUAUGACAGUUCGGUGGUUGUGCCCAAGGAGGUCACUGCAACAACACAUCGCCACCAAGACAGUUUGGAGUACGCGGAAAAUGGCGACGAGUACCACAGUUCCAUUCAGGGCCACACGCGGGCGGACAACCGCGACAUGAAUCGCAUGGGGAAAAUUCAAGAGCUGAGGAGAAAUUACCGACCGUUAUCCGCUCUCGCCUUCACGGUCAUUCUCCAGGGUGUAUGGGAAGUCCUCUUGACUGCGACCUACCAGGGUCUUGUCGACGGAGGUCCAGCAGGUCUCAUCUGGAGUUUUGUCUGGACAUGGUUUGGCUUCAGCAUGGUCAUGCUCUCUCUUGCCGAGAUGGCUUCCAUGGCACCGACCGCGGGCGGUCAGUACCACUGGGUGUCCGAGUUCGCUCCUCCAUCGACUCAGAGGUCCCUGAGUUACUUCACCGGCUGGAUGUCGACCCUCUCGUGGCAGGCGGGUACCGCAUCUGGUCCUUUUCUGGUCGGAACCUUGAUCCAGUCCUCGGCUACGAUCAUGUACCCCGACUACGCGGCCACCAACUGGCAGGGUACUCUCAUUGUCAUCGCCGUUACCAUCUUGGUCUGGGCCUUGAACGUGUAUGGCUCCAAGGCCAUGCCUCUGUUCCAGAAUGUCAUGUUGAUGGUUCACGUCUUCGGCUUCUUGGCCAUCAUCAUCGUCUUCUGGACCCUGAACCCCAGGGCUUCGGCUGAGGUCACCUUCACGCAAAUCUCUAACACUGGAGGCUGGAACUCGACUGGUCUUGCGCUGAUGGUUGGUCAGAUCUCUGCUAUUUACGCCUGCAUUUGCUCUGAUGGUGUUGCCCAUUUAGCUGAAGAGGUCAAGGAUGCUGGAAAGACUGUCCCCAGAGCCAUGAUCAACGCCUACCUCAUGAAUGGUCUCCUUGGCCUUGUCUUCCUGAUCAGCUACAUGUUCAUGAUCACCGACCUCGACGCUGCUCUCAACGACGCCUCUGGUUACCCCCACAUCUGGGUCUUCUCUCAGGCUGUCGGCCCCGGUGGUGUUGUUGCGCUCAAUGCGAUCCCCACCGUCCUCAUUUUCGCCGGCACUCUUACCUACAAUUUGUCCACCUCCCGCCAGACUUGGGCUUUCGCCCGUGACCACGGUCUGCCGUUCAGCAACUGGAUCGGAAAGGUUGACAAGAAGCUUGACAACCCCGCCAACUCUGUCACAUUCACCUGCCUCAUCACUAUUCUCCUUUCGUUCAUCAACAUCGGAUCUGACACCGCUUUUAAUGCUAUCAUCUCACUCAACGUUGUUUCCCUUAUGAUUACCUACAUGUUCUCCAUCGGCUCCGUCCUCUACCGCCGCAUCACCGCCCCCGAGCUCCUCCCCGUCUGCGCCUGGUCUCUCGGCAAAUGGGGCGUCCCCGUCAACAUCGGCGGUUUUCUCUACGCCACGCACGCUUUCUUCUGGUGCUUCUGGCCCGAGAGCACACCCACCACUCUCGAGACCUUCAACUGGGCGUCCGUCAUGUUUGUCGGUGUUGCCUUUCUCAGUAUGGUCGAUUAUGUCGUGCGCGCGAGGAAGCACUACAAGGGCCCCGUCGUUCUCACGGAGACGUGGAAGGGCGAGUGA